GGUUCUACUAAUUAGUCCGACAAUUUAAAGUGAAAACGCUCGCGGAUCAUUCGCUCUAUAAUAUUUAUUUCUAUCGGCAUGCAAAAUCGGAUCGGGGGUUUAUAUUAUACAUAGAAAGCAUUUUUGAAAUCUAUCACAACUUCUGUGGUCUGAUAUUUUCGUCGCAAGAUGGUGUAUGAAACAUCGUAUGGCACUGGGCUAAAACCCUUUUCUCCCGAUCUAAAUCGAGGGAAAUGGGACAAACCUACGGACUAUAUAUUUGCCUGCUUUGGAUUAGCUUUGAAGCUUGAUGUGUUUGCAGCCUCGUAUUGGUUCUUCUUCGAACUGGGCAUACUUGGAAUAUUACCGUACUUUGUCUAUAUGGUGAUUUAUUUGGUUCCAAUCAUGGUCAUUCACUCCUUCAUGGGCCAGUUCUCCAGCAGUGGCUUUAUCUCCGCCUUUCGCAUUUCUCCCUUUUUUAAAGGCAUGGGAUAUGUUAGCGGUUUCCUGACCAUCUCCAUGCUCAUUUACUACAGCAUUUUUGCUGCCAUUCCGCUUAUGUUUAUGGUGAACUCUUUACGACCCACUUUACCUUGGAGCUGUGAGGGGAUGAAAUCUUGGUUCAAUGAAUCUUCUUGGCAAACGACCAUAUGUAAUAUGACAGAGGUAUUUAAUGAAUACGACAACGAAACAAGCUAUUUUGGAUCUGUAGCUCACGUUCCUUCCGCUCUUUAUUUUGAAAACCACUUUGAAAGUAAAGAGAUUGGAUAUCCAGAUGAGGACUAUGAGCUAUCCUGGCAUUUCGUGGGUUUCUUCGCUCUGGUUUGGACAAUGAUCGCAUUUAUUUUUUAUAAAUUUCCGGACACGGCACAGUUUGGAAAAUUUAUACGCUACAUGGUAAUUGGAACCCUGGCUCUUCUCUUAGUAUGCUUCGGGCGCUUUCUGUUUCUCCCAGGAGCACUUAAUGGUCUGAACAGAUACAUGACUCCAAAAUUAGAACAUUUGGCUAUGGGAAGUGGCUCGACAUUCAUCAUGGUUCUUCACGCGUUUGGAGCUGGCUGGGGAAGCGCGAUAGCCCUCUCCAGUUUUAAUGGGUUCAGGACCAACAUAAUGUCGUACAGUUGGAUUAUUUCCUUUGGACAGGUCUUCAUUUACAUAAUGUUUGGCUUGGUCUCCUUUAUGCUGGAUCACUACUUCAAAGAACUUGCGGAUGCUUCCACUUAUGUGCAUAAGGAUUGGCUGUUGUAUUUGUCCAGUGCUAGUGUCAUAUCAACAAUGGGUUGGGCAAACAUGUGGACUUUUAUUUACUAUACUAUGUUAUUAAUGGCUGCUCUUAUUGUGAUGUCGACGCAAAUUUUCACUCUUCUGCAAAGUUUGUUUGACGAGUUUGAAAAACUUAGAGAGAGGAAGCGGGAUGUCACCUUUGGCCUUAUUGGAGGUCUUGCAUUAUGUUCGUUUUUCUUUUGCACGAACCACGGAAUUUCCUUCUUUUUUGCCAUUGGUUGCGAUAGCAUUUUCUCACACAGCCUUCUUCAUUUACUUCUUAUACUGGUGGUUUUGUGGAUCUACGGCCGAGAACGCUUCCAGCGGGAUAUAGAGUUUAUGUUGGGUCAGCCGUUUGCUUCAUGGAAGAUUUUUAUACUCCGCUUUAUAGCUCCCAUCUUUUUGGUGAUUAGUCUGCUGAUAGGAAUAGUUGUGUUCUUAGCGGAACACUUUCACUUCUCAGUGGUGGUCUUUGUGCUGUCAAUUCUGUUGGUGUGGUUACCCAUUCUGGCAAUACCUGGCUACGGAUUUUACUACCUUUUCCAGAGCACUGGAACCUUUUGUGAUCGCUUUAAACGCGCCUGCCGCCCCACUGAUUGGUAUCCGCUUGAGAUGGAGCACCGCCAGCAGUACGAGGUAGCCGUUGGAAACACUGAGAUGACGCACCAGCUUUUCGAAGUUACCGAGGAGGUGAACUAAGAAGUGAUAGAGUUUCAAAUGUACAAGAUGAUUUAAACCCAUAAUAAAAAUAUAUUUUUAUGAAAAAAUA